AUGGGAUGGACACCAAACCCAAUCAACAGGCACCUGGUGUUGCCGCCUGCAAAGAUGGAGAAACCUGCGACUUCACGGCCAAUCUUCGAAUCGGAUCUGGAGAGCCUAUGCCUCAGGGACAAGGCCAUGAUACAAAAUGACAUGGCCACACCGAGUCUGUCACGCAAGCGGGUGGUUAUUCUACCAGACUUGAAUCAUAUGUUAUGGCACAUUCGCAAAGAAGACUUUGCUACCAAGCAGAUCUUUAGUAAAAAGGCAGUGAUAAAGGGAGUAAUCACUGGAGUGGCUGGGAAACAGGUCUGGGCUACUUGGGUUCGUCGUUACUACAGGCACCCAGACCCCCAUAGCAUUGAGGGUGCAGAUGAUAAGAAUGUUCUUUAUAUUCUACGCCUUGUGGUAGAAGGGGAUGAGACUGCGAACAAGCCACGCGAAGCAAACAUCACGAUAUCGAUGAAAGAUUAUGCAGAGCAAGCUGCUGCGUUGAAGGCUGUGAUGCAGGCUGCUCAAGCAGAGGCGGCAGAUUGGAGGCUAGACCAGGUACAACUAUGGGAUCCAUCUCCCAUGGUAAAGAGCCUUUUGGACCAAAGCGACCUAGAUGCUGUUUACGUUGAGAGGCAGAGUCAUAGCAUUACUAGUCUACUAUGGUUCGAGGAUGGCGAGGAUUUGGGAGCAGAGGACGCUCCGAUUUUGAUUGACAAUGAGCAUUAUGCAUGGUGUUAG